AUGGCCCUGCGACCGCAUGGUUCGGAAUCAAACAACAACGCGCGGGGCAUCUCGGAGCUGCGCGUGCUCGUUCUUCACAAGAAGUCCUUGAGCACGCAGCAAGCCGCCGGCCGGGACAACCACCACCACCCCGAAAGCUACGCCACCGAUGGCUUUGGCUCGAGUGCAGAGGAGGCAAAGCGGUUUGGGCUAUCCACCAGAAACGUAGCCUUCGGAGGAUUGGUCGACGAGGACAGAGGCAGCCUGAGAAGGAGGAGGAAAGGCGGCUUGGCUGCAGCCGCACGCACCGGUGGCGGCGGCGGUGGCGUCGACUCGAAGGGAGCGCCGACGCAUUUUGCUUCCCAUCCUGGCACUCCUCGUCCCCCUGUCGCUCCAGCUACUCCUCCUCCUCGUGGUCCCUAUUAUGAAUAUGCAUACGAGGAGGAUGAUUAUUCCGCAGCAGGGUCAAGCCCAGCAGGUGGCCCGAUCGCCACCGACGCCAGCGGUCUUCCCGACACCCAGCCACAGGUGGCGCGGAAUGUCUCCUUCAGCGAGGAAGUCAAGGAAGUGCUGAUCGAGAAUCGACGUCAGACGUACGGCAACAAGGCCAGCAGACGCCAACACUUCUACUCCAAGGCCGAGCUUGCCACCUUCAAGCGUGCCUGGCACUGCCACGUCAAGUCGAGCAGCAGGCCGGUGAAUGGGUUGAUGGCGUGCGGGUGCCCAGGCUGCGACUACGACUACGACGAAGGGCGGGCGCCGCCGACGUUGCAAAAGGUAGUCCCACCCAUCGACUACAACCGUUGGGUAUGGGAGGGUUAGACACGUGUUUGACUCUGGAGUAUUUGGCUGCAAGUGACUUAUUACAAAUCUCCGCCGGAAGACGUGAAAUUUGUUUCCCUUUUCUCGUUGUGGAAGCUGGCGAAGGUCGCCACGCUGAUCGAGCUGCUGUCGCGAUUUUACUUGAAGAGGUUGAGUGUUGUCGAAAGAGGGCGGCCGGUCAAGGGAAGGACCACCGAACGAAAGUAGCACAUCAUGUCCGAUUCAGCACUGCGCAGUGUUUGGCUGACUAAGGUUCUUGUGAAAGACGUGUGCGAAAGAGUACAGACAUCUCUAGAUCAUCCUGUGCGUUGCGCUGUUGUUUACGUGACGCAUGUUUUUUCCCAGUACAAUACGUGUCCUUGUCAUGCCACUUGGUGUAUCUUUAGCUCAUCUGGGUGUGUGUGUUUCGCUCUGCGUGGCGUUUCCUUGUCGGUGUUUUUUUUCUUAGAUAUGUGUAUGUGUGUUCGUGGUUGCCUUCGCGCCACUGAUGUUGCCAUUCGCUCACCCAUGGGGUCCCCCGGUGUUCUUUUGACCCCAUCUUUCGCACGUUUACACCCGGAUGGGCCAAACGUGUGACGCGACAACAGCAGUUGGCAGUAUGAAUACGUAGUUUGCGGCGAUGGCAUUUGUGUACCUUUCGCGGUGGGGGGGUAGUCCGAUGAUAUAUCGGGAACCCUCUUCCCCGCCCUUAAGCCCUAAAGACCACCGCCGAAAUGCUUGAAGAAGGCUGUCGAUCAGACAGCGUUGGUAUUUGAAGCUCUCAGAAAAUUGGUGCUAUAUCCGUGCUAGUGUGGUCAGGGUGUUACUCCAUAUUGUUUUGGUUGAUCGUGAUGUAAUGAGGUUUCCAUUUCAGUUUUAAUUGAUGGGUUCGCGCUUUGAUGUGUUUGAGAAAUAUGGUUUGCGCUGCGAUGAUGCAGAAAUAGUUCUGGUCACCGGUGAAUCGCGUACAGUGCUGGCACGCUGGUAAGAGACGCCUGUUUCAAAGCUACUGUAUAGGAUUCCGUGUUGCGCCGGCGACUGAGCCCAAUUUCUUCAUUUCCCUAUUUGUUUUUACAUCUGGGGUUCGAUUUGUGAAGAUGUCUCUUUUGAGCGGGUCGGUGCUGUAGUUUGGGGGAAGGUUUAGAGCUCAAUGUUAUUUCUUUUACUUGUGGUACGGGCAGGAGAACUUCACAUAUACGGUAUGAGGCCUGUAAUAAUUUUCCUGGUGUCGGGGUUGGUAAGGAUAGCGCAGUCGUUGGUAUGUUUUGGCACGGCAACGUAACGUGGAAUUUACCUCGACACAAGCAGGGUAGGAAGCUACUUGAUCUCUGUGAAGAUUAAACCAGUAAGUUUGGGUUGAUGCUUGAUAGCGGAAACACAGUGUUGUUUUCAGACUGAUGGUGGAAACAGGGCCAGACGAUGCCGCAACUUCAAGAAUGGCGUUCUAGUUUCACUCGAAUCCCGCAAUAAUGGAGGGAGCAACGUAUUGGAUAUAUUUCGUGCCUUGCCGAAGGGGUGUACCUCCGGCCGCAGGUGCUUUGCGUGGUACCCAAGAAUAGCUGAGUGUUGUGUACCUUGUAAUUUUUACACUUUCCGGGGACAACUGCCUCCAAAGCGAUACAUAGGAAAAAAAGAAUAGGAGAGUGUAUAUGUUGUCUUGUUUCGAGGAUAAUGUAGCGUGUGCUAGAUGCACAUCAGCUCCGGUUGGAUUGUGCGGGCAUCCAACCGCACAACGUUCGACCUUGUUUUUGUUUUGAAUGCGGUAGUGCUUGUGAUGUGUUUGGGGGUAAAUAGCAUUAUUCAUUCGGUAUGACUGGCUGCCAAGUGUCAGAUAGGUCGACGAGCGCCACGUUAUAGCUAGGGAGGGUACCAAUAUUUGUUUCUUUUUUUUGGCGUGGACGUUGUUGUGCCGUUGCUUAGGCGCACCAUCAUCGUAUCUCUCAAGAUUUUCGUUUGUAGGUAUGGGGUUCGGGAGGGGACUUUGAACAGGUCAGAUUUUACACGGGUCAAUGCUGCUGACAACCCUUGCAUCUUGGCACUUGAUUUGAUUGCAGUCGUUAUUUUUAUGCAAGUGCCCAACUUUGGGGAAAACAUUGGACUGUUCAAUUCUACAACAUCUUCAGUUGCGUCGUAUC